AUGAAUAUAUAUGUUAUUGUCUUUCUCAUUCAAAUUUUAGCUGAGGGGUAUGGUAUAUCAGAUGUUCAUAUUGGCUACCAGUUAACUCUUGCCAUUCCUUCUGCAUAUACUGAGGGCUUUUCGGGUAGAGCUUAUCUAAUGGAAACUGAACGAAGUUUGCCCAACUUUAGAACAGCGCUCAGCGUGGAAGCCAUCAAUGAAAAGUACUGGUGUUCGCUUGACAUCUUUCUUGGAGAUGUAAAAGUAUGGACUUCAGGCCAUUUAUCCAAAUUCUACACAACAGAGAAAUGUUUGCUUGAGCUUACACGUUAUGGAGACUUAAGAUUGAAGGAUCAGAACGAAAGAAUUGGAUGGCGAAGUGGAACUUCAGGACAGGGUGUGGAGAGACUGCAUUUACUCAGGACAGGCAACCUGGUUCUGGUUGAUUCCCUCAACUUGAUUAAGUGGCAAAGUUUCAAUUUUCCAACUGAUACUAUGAUGUGGGGGCAAAGACUAAGUUCUGCAACACGGUUAACUUCUUUUCCAAUCAACUCAAGUAAUUUGUUUUAUUCAUUUGAAAUUCAGUAUGACAAGAUUGCACUGUAUUUGAAUUUUGGUAUUUGGAAGUACUCUUAUUGGGAAUUUAGGCCUUCCAUUGAGAAAAACAUUACAUUUGUCCAGUUGAGUUCUGAAGGGCUGGAGUUAUUCACUGGGAAACACCAGAAAAUUGAUCAGAUCACGUCAGAAGGACCUGAACCCCUGAGGUUUUUAGCACUUGGAAAUAACACAGGUAAUUUGGGACUCUAUCAUUUCUCAGCUGAAAAGGGAAAGUUUGAAGAAUCCUACGAAGCCCUCAACACUUCAUGUGAUCUUCCUUUGGCAUACUGCAGGGUGACAAAUAUUGAGGGGCUAUGUGGGAGGAGUCGAGCUGAGAUGCUCGAGGUACGGGGUGCUACCACUGUCCUCAAGGGCAUUCCAAAUAAGGCUAAUGUUGCCAAAGAAGUAUGUGCAAAUCAGUGCUUGGAUGACUGUACUUGUGUUGCAGCACAAUAUACAAACUCAGGAGAAUGCUUUCUGUAUAAAUUUAUUAGGGGAAUCAAACAAGUUGAAAGCGAAAGCGGUCUAAUUUUCAUGGUUAAGAGACCAAAAGGAAAAGAUGAGGGACAUGGAAGACAUUCUGGAUUGCAGAAAUGGGUCAUAAUUGUGGUAGGAGUGGUUGAUGGAUUCAUUAUUUUUCUUGUGUUGGGGGGAGUUGGUUACUAUAUAAUUCGAAAGAAAUUAAAGAAUUCGCCAGUUACUGGCCAAGAAACAUGA